UACAGCCGCCGUUUGUCUUUUUCUUCCCAGGUUGCUCGGGGGGGAAACGGCCGCUGAAAUUUCUCUUCUCCCUCGGUCGUUGAGCCACCGAAGAGCUCCCGCCGCUGCUCAAGGGUGAGGGCGAGCCGCUUCUGCCCCUCCCGCCCGAGAACACAUACACUGAAGCUUGGGACAAGAUAUUUACCUAAUUUCUGUGGCCAAAUUAAAGACCUACCAUGACAAUGAAGAAAGAGACUGAAUUUGUCAUUUUCACCUAAAGAAAAAUGAUAGACAAAAAUCAAACCUGUGGUACAGGACAGGAUUCUAUGCCCUAUAUGACUUGUCUGAUUCACAUACUUGAAGAAUGGUUUGGUGUGGAGCAGUUGGAGGACUAUUUGAAUUUUGCAAACUAUCUCUUGUGGGUUUUUACACCACUAAUACUUUUAAUACUUCCUUACUUCACUAUCUUUCUUCUCUAUCUUACUAUUAUUUUCUUACACAUUUAUAAGAGGAAGAAUGUAUUAAAAGAAGCCUACUCUCAUAAUUUAUGGGAUGGCGCAAGGAAGACAGUGGCAACUCUCUGGGAUGGACAUGCAGCAGUUUGGCAUGGUUAUGAAGUUCAUGGGAUGGAAAAAAUACCAGAAGGACCAGCACUUAUAAUUUUUUAUCAUGGAGCUAUUCCUAUAGAUUUUUACUACUUCAUGGCUAAAAUUUUUAUCCAUAAAGGCAGAACUUGCCGUGUAGUAGCUGAUCACUUUGUCUUUAAAAUCCCAGGGUUUAGUUUAUUACUUGAUGUAUUUUGUGCUCUACAUGGACCAAGAGAAAAAUGUGUUGAAAUUCUGAGGAGUGGUCACUUGUUAGCUAUUUCACCAGGUGGAGUUCGAGAAGCCCUAAUUAGUGAUGAAACCUACAACAUCAUUUGGGGUAAUCGUAAAGGCUUCGCUCAGGUUGCAAUUGAUGCAAAAGUGCCCAUUAUUCCUAUGUUUACACAAAAUAUUCGAGAAGGAUUUAGAUCACUUGGAGGAACAAGGUUAUUUAGGUGGCUUUAUGAAAAAUUCCGCUAUCCGUUUGCUCCAAUGUAUGGUGGUUUUCCAGUGAAAUUACGCACCUAUUUAGGUGAUCCUAUCCCCUAUGAUCCAAAGAUAACAGCAGAAGAAUUAGCUGAAAAGACAAAGAAUGCUGUUCAAGCUUUGAUUGAUAAGCACCAAAGAAUACCGGGAAACAUUAUGAGCGCUUUGUUAGAACGUUUUCAUAAAAAACAAAAGACCAACUAGAAGACGAUUUAAUCCAUUUAUAUUAGUAUGUUUGUGUCUGUGGUACUGUCCUCUAAAUUUUGUAGGUUCUAUAAUUACUAUUUAAAAAAAAAUAUUAAUAAGCAUCCUAGACUGAACUUGUUUGUUUAAAAUUGUAUUGUUGAUUUUGUUUUUGCAAUCAAUUGUGUCAAAUUUAAACAGUAACUCAUUACAUGCCUAAUAAUUCAGAAAAUGAUCAUGUUUCUUUUUAUAAAUUCCUGAUAAUGUAUAAUAAACAUAUAGAUUUUAAAAAUUAAGUUCAUUAAUAAUCGCAGUUUAGGUUAAACAAACAUUCCUAAAAUACUGCAUCUAAUUUCUGUAUCUGUUGCACUGAGCUAAUUUUGCAGGAUGGCAUAAUUCAGUACAGACACUGACGUUAGAGAAGAAAUACUCUUUCAUCUGCCUCUCAUUCCUUUCCUGACCUUGGGCGAAUCAUAUAAUGUUUUUAUGCCUCAACAAUUCAUCUAUAAAAACAUGCUAACACUUUGUUGAGGAAUAUUAUUUUAAAUUCUUUUUUUAAAUUUUAAAUUCUUUAUAUUUGCUCUGAUUGAUAACUAAGGAACUGAAAUUAUAACUGAAUUAAACAAUACCAAGAAUUUUUAAAAGUUUAUGUAUAUAUUUGGUCCACACGAUGUUUAAAUUAUUUCUUUAGGUAUGAUGUCCAGUUGCCAAGCACAAUGGAAAAGAUACACUGUUUUUCAAAUUGAAUAAAAAAAAUUAGGAACAGUAAAAUUUCGAAUAAUCAUUAUUAUUUUUAGUAUUAUAUUUUUUAACAAGAAUCUGUAGACACACCAUAUAGGGUGUGCUAUGCAUUGUCAGCUAUGUAAUAUGGCAUUUAAUAGUAUAAGGUUAAAAAUCACUGUUGUGCUCUACAUUUCAUAUGUUAGAAGUUGAUUCUAGGCUGAUAAAAGCAGAGCUAAAGAAAGUUCUGCUUUUGCUCAGUACCAUGGCUUAUUCAGUUUGACUUUGCAAACAGUCAGAUGGUUUAUUGUUUCAAUAAAAAUAUACUUGAAUAAUAAAUUUAUGUGAACACAAAGCUUUCUGAAAAAUUAAUGGCUUUCGAUUUGUUGUCUCCUUGAAAUCUGAAUUUUAAAAGUAUUUAAGUGGAAGAGUACCAGAAAUCAAAUGCAGUAUCUCCCUCUUCCUUUUUUAGAUAUUAAAUUACUUGGAUUUUUGUAUAAAUUUUUGUAUAAUGAGUAUAUAUGUAUAUGUGUAAUGUAUAUAGAAUUAAGCAACAUAAAAUAAAAGUAAAGGUGAAUUGCAAUUCAUUUUCUUGUGAAAUUGCAUAUGUGACAUUUUAUUUUAAACUAUUUUUUUUGUUUUACUGUUUAUUCAUUUUUCACCCACAAUCAUAUUCAUCCGUCUCAACCACAAAGAGUAAACCUCACUUUCUAAUGUAAUAAAUAUAUUUUAAUUUCAAUUUCAAUGAAAAGAGUCAAUUAAUGAUUAUUUGCAGCUUUUUCCCCCCUCUGG